CACCGGAAUUAGGAUUUUGCUUGGCCUUGAUUCUCAUUGAUAGCUAGGGACCUCUUGUUCAGCCGCUAGGGUUACUAUUCGAACGAUAUUUUGGCACAAGUAGGGUUUUGGAGCUUUACCAGAUUUACAUUCAUUCAUAUCUGGUUGGGUUUGAUGUUUUGUUUCACUUUUCAGUCCUUUCUGUAAGCUUCCUAGCUGUGACCGUGAGUCUUUGGAAUAUGGAUAUCUCUCAGAUUUGAGUAUCGAAUUCGGUCGUGAUUUAAGUAUUCGGUUUUGAAUCAACCAAUUUCUUUAUUUCCACUGGAUUUCGAAGUGUUGUAAUCGAAAUCCUGAAUCGUAGUUUUGGCUGAACUUUCUUUUUAAUUUGUAAUUUCUGGGCAAUUCCUCAUCUGGGUGUCUGAAACUUUCUGUGUUUCUGCUCCAUUAUUCGUCUGGGCUGUUUGAUUUACUACCAGAAAGCCUUACGACGGAUCCCAUAUCCACCAAUAUGAGUGUUCCUGCUCUUCCCCCGCCAUUCUUCUUGCCACCCUUUCCAGUCAGCGGCGAUGCAAUGGGAUUCUGGCCUCAACUCUUGGUCGAUAAUGAACAGCCAGAACCCGCCACUCCCAUGGAGUUUCCACCAUUCAAGAAGCCCAGAAGUUCUGACGAUGUCCCCUCAGGCUCAAGUUCCUUUUCCAACCCGCCUCCGAAUCCGAGGAUGCCCCCACCGAACCCGCCAGCUAACAAAGGAAUAAGCAGAAUCUUCUUUAAAACUCGUCUCUGUGCAAGAUUCAGAGCGGGAACCUGCCCGUAUGGAAGCAACUGCAACUUCGCCCAUGGAAUCGAGGAUAUUAGGAAGCCUCCACCCAACUGGCAGGAAAUCGUUGCUGCCCACGCCCAUGAGGAAGAUCGAGGGGCCGGGAAUUGGGAUGAAGAUCAGAGAAUAAUCACCAAGUUGAAGCUAUGCAAGAAAUUUUACAAUGGUGAGGAAUGCCCAUACGGGGACAGAUGCAAUUUUCUUCACGAAGACCCAUCGAAGUUCAGGGAAGACUCGGGGAGGUUUAGGGAGAGCUCGGCAAUAAGCAUUGGAACUAUAGGAUCUCCAGGGGAUAAUGGUGCUGGGUUUGAUCAACAGGAAGGUCACUCUUCCAGCAAUUCCAGUCUUGAUGUGAACCGGGUGAAUGCAAAGCCUGUAUUUUGGAAGACAAGGAUCUGUAACAAGUGGGAGACGACUGGUCAGUGCCCCUUUGGCGACAAGUGUCAUUUUGCUCAUGGGCAAGCAGAAUUACAAAAGUUUGGAGGCCAGAAUGAAGCAGAAUCAGGGAAUGCAGGUGGAUCUCUCUCGAAACCUCUUCCAAAUCCUAUCCAGGAUGUAUCACCCACUAAGACAGGGAUGGGUACUACCAGUAAGCAGCAGCAAGUGCAGAGUAAGAAGUGCUUGCUUAAGUGGAAAGGACCUGAAAAGAUCAAUCGCAUCUAUGCUGAUUGGAUUGAUGAUCUGCCGCUUGCUUGCAAUUCACCAAGCAAAGUGGAGAGCUGAUGUUGCAUCUAAUCGUGUUGCAUGUGCAAGCUCACAUUCCUAUAUCACCAAUUUUCUUUACAAUCAGGGAAUAUUUUAUGGUUGUUUACUUGACAUUGGCAGUAAUUUUGGUUUUGCUUGAGAGGGGCACUAACAGGGAGAUGUAGUUCUAAUUUUUCAUCCAUAUUUUUGUUUGGUUUUCUUCAUUUAAGUUUGAAGAUUCAUUUGGAUAGAAAUUCUCUAUUGGCAUCCAAGUGUGCACUCUGGUUGCCUACAUUAUAUUCUUUCUCUUCAUUGAUAAAGGGCUAUCUGUUUUAAAAGUCCUAUGUAUGCAAUUGGAAAGAUAUCUUUACUGUGUAAUGGUGAUACUUCUUUCUUGGCUUCA